AUCAUUGAAAACAGCUGAUCUCCGUCUCGACUCGCGAAGCAAAACAAAAAGAGUGUUUUCAGUCUGCUUUCAACAACUAGCAAAAAAAAAGGAAUUUUGUUAUCAAACAUUAUUUUACUCCACUAUUUUUAAUGUUCAAACUCUUCAGUGCAUUUCAUCAGUGCUAAUAAGGCUUAGAAUAAUCGAAUAAAGUGAUAUCUGUGGGAUAAUUUAGAAGUGUAUUGACCUUUGGUUCAGAUGGUUGAAUCCUAAUCUAGGGCUAGUGCUUUGUGCGUUUGCUUCCCUGUGUGAAGAAUCUGUUUUGUCCCGAAUAUCGUCCACAGUGUGAUGAAAUCCUAAUUUUGCGUAAAUAGUUCCAUUCUCUGUUCCGUAACCGUACCUGCUGCUGGUGGAAAAGUGUAUCGUCGGUAAGGGAUGCCCCCGGAAAAGGACAUCCUCGUCAGAAUCUGGGAGAAAUUAGACGAUGACGUCAUCAUCAAGGAAGUGGCCACCAAGGGAAAACACGUCAACCAUUGCAUCGCUUUUCUGGCCCAAAGGAACGAACUGUCCCACAAUGAGGCCACGAACUACUUCUUGCAGAAGGUUAACGCGUAUGUCUACCGGUUGCUCUCCAAUCGUCAGCUCUUCAAGGCGGAACACAUCUUGACCAACAUCGAUCGCGUCCCCAAGUAUGUAUUCUACCAGAUCGCGGCGGAAACCAGUGACAGUAGCUUGAGGGACUUCAUUCGGGAACAUUUGGCCAAAACGAUUGGCCGUGGGCCCGGCACUAGUGGUGGUGGUGGUUCCAACGAGACCGGUGAAGAAGACUGUAGUGAAAGCCGGCUGAUCGAAGCCAAUUGGAGAGUGUACUGCCUACUGAAGGCCAACGUGCGGCAGUUGGCCGAUUUGCUGCAGCGGCUGGACAGUGACUACAGUGUGCUGGAAGUGGAAACCAUGUCAUUCAAUACCUUCUACACCAAGGACGAGGUGUACCGGAACGCCGUGGCGUUGGAUUUGUUCUUCAAGAAUCAAGAAACGGAAAUUUCACCGCUCUUGGACAAACAUGCCGUGUGGAACUAUCUGCUGCGGAACAACAUAGACAACCUGGUGAAAAUAUGGAUUCAGAUCAAUGCGUGCAUCCGUUGGUCGCCCGAACUGGCCAAGGGUGCCGCGUUGAAUUCCAAAGCGUUGUCCACGAUCAAGAUCGACAUCUACGACGAUCCGAGGUUCAACGAACGACUUCGACAGCUGUUUCAACGGUGGGAAAUCAACGACUUCAUGAUCUCGCAGCUCUCCAGUCAGCGCAGUAUGUGUCGCAACGAAGUAUUGCUCAAUGCGUUGGCGACCUGCGGUAAAUUCGUCGAUCAUGAGCGGGCAGACUCACAGCUGGUUUUACGAAGGUUGUUCACAACUCAGACUCUGUCCGCAAACAAGGCAUUGUUGCGGACCAAACAGUUUCAGGAGGGUUUCACCAAACACUUAGUCGAGAACAGAUUGUUUCAACUGUUUGAUCUGAGUGUAGUCGACCAAGAACGCCUUCGAAACAUGAGUACAGAUGAAAACUGUGAUAGUAGGAGAGAAGUGGAGCUGUAUUUGUCUUUGAAUGAGCUCAAAAACAAUGGUAUUACUAAGGAUAGCCUUCUGAGAAUUUCCAGCAAAGUUUCAGAGUAUUUAAGCAGCUCGGAGCAAAGUUUCUAUGACCAACAUCCCGCUAUAUUUCUGUUCGAAUACUUUUUGAACGCUAACAACGUAACAUUCCCCAACGAUGAUCAACGGUUAUGGAAGUUGCCCCAUCUACGCAACUUCAUGAACAGACUGAAACACAAUCCCGUGUCAUCGGUAUCGACCAAAGACUUGCUUGCACUGCAUGAUCUGCCCUGCCUGGAAACGGUACGAAGCAAUCUCUUCAAAAAUCGCGAUGAAGACGACAAAGACCAAGACGAAAUUCAAGCCAAACAGGCCGUCAUCAAAGAGCACGGCCUCAUUCCUCAUUUCAAUCAUCCUAUACUUAUCGAAAAAUAUGCCACACCCGUCAGUCUGAACUAUCUCCAUUACAUCCAGCAGUAUCGCUCGUGCUAUGCGCUCUACCUAUUCUAUCUCGAUCAGCUGAAAAGCUAUUCACGGAUAACACCUCCGCAGAUCAAUCUGGCGGCGCGAUCUGUCGCAGAAAUAGCCGUUGAGCACUACCGGGAUGCCAAUCUGGUCGCGCAUUGUGUCGCCUUCAUCGAAAUGCUUGGCGUCGACAGUGCCAAAACGCGAGCUUACAUACGCUGCCUGAACAUGGUCCCCAAAGUCGGUCCCGAUUUGCUCAAGAUUUCAACGGUCGAGCUACUCGAACGAUGCGAGGCUGUGGUGGGCAGCAAAAACUGGGACGAUCCAGAGCUUCUACUGGACGUGGAAGCCAUGGUCACUGUGUGCCGAUGCAGCUCCCUCCGGUUUCCGGAACAAAUCCUCCGUCGGUUGCUGGGGGAAAACGAUUGGUUCCGGUUCUUGCUGUUGGUGGAAUAUCUGGAUUAUCCUACUGAGCAGGUGCUGGAACUAUGCAGAACGGGGUUCGGCGACGACAAUAUAGGAACAAAUGCUGUGAGAGCGAUUAAGUACUACGUAGAAACGGUGCAGCGUCGUCGCAGUUCUUCGCCAACGUUGCUGCGGAGGAAGACAUCACGGAGAAGAAGGAAGGUUAGCAGCGGUACGGCCCCAAUCGAUAGCUACUCGAGCGUGUCGAGCGAAAGUGACAUCCAAUCCGGGCGACAGUUACAACACAUCGCAGACGAAUCGUCGCACUAUGGUGGUGCACAAUUUCUGUGCGAACAAUACAACCAGGACCUGUUCGCCACGGUCCUGUUGUGUUCGAACGGAAGUAAGAACUGCACCAGAAGUAGCCGCCCAGAAACGGAUCUACCCUUUGGGUUGAAUUAUGAUGCCUUCAAACGAUUGGUCUUAGGACAGGCUGGCUCGAACAAUGCGAAUACCUUUGUGAAGCUGUUGGAACGCGCAGUCCAACGCAAGUGGCCACUGCUAGCUGUACUGGCCGGUAUGACUGCAGAAGCGAAUCUGAAAUACUGCUGGAUCACCUGGUUGAUGAUGUCGGUUGAGUAUCCUUAUCAGAACAAGAUGGAGGACCUGUCGGAAAACGCGUUGGUGUCUGAUCUCAUUGUACACUGCGUUGAAACCGGACUGGUGAACACUUUGGAAAACAGUAUUGAGCUUUUCUUCCCGGACUCCAAUUUUAACCUUCUAGCGAAGUUUUUGACCGAAACGUACGCGUUAAAAUUUUCCGAAUCUACAGCCGAACUGUUGAAGAAAUUCUUAGCAAUCGCCACAAAAUGCCCUCUAUUGCAGCUAGAGAAGCUCGAGGCAUUGAACUUCACCGCCAAGUUGCUAACCUUACACCUGGAUAACAAUUUCGAGUCAUUCCAUCAUCAACUUCAGCUUCUACAAACUCUAGUCGCCUCAGAGAUAAACUACUUCACCCACAAGGUUGACUUCACCAUGCUGCUCAGAAUCGGAGAAAUUGUUCGGAGCUCUUCGGUGAGAGUAGAGUUCAUAAAAUUCUACGAUCGUCCGUUGAGUCUGCAAAAAGAACUCGAACUCCUUUGCGAACGCCUUGUCGUUGGUAAGUUCUACAAGGCUGCAGUUGAGAUCGCAAACCUGUCCGAUCUCCCGAAAGAGAGCAUCAUUUUCGAGUACUGGGUCAACGAAUUUGACAUCCAUGGCAAGUGUGAUUUCGAACAGUACCAAGCGGAUAUGAAACGUUACGGGUUUGCGCCCGAAGUUCUACUCAACUUCUACAUCUACAUAGCGAAUCGGUUGAACGACAGUGAUUCCCAAAAGUACAUGCUGCUGAAGCGAUCGCUGGAUCUGAUAAACGAACGGGAACUGUACCCGAGUGAAGUAUACGAUCGUGAUCGAUUGGAGUACGAGUUGGCGCUGUCCUACGUGCGAUGCUGUCAAGAUCCGUCUACGCUGGAGCUAUAUCAUUCACAUUACUUCAACACUACAUUCAAACGCGAUCGCGGCGUUCUAUAUCACACAUUUCUGGAGCUAAAAGAAGUGGCCGGGAUCAACGAUCUCACAAUAUCCAGUCUGAAGCUAAUGGUUCCGGAAGAAGUAUUGCAGUUGGACAACCUUAUCAACCGACUCCUGGAGAAGGGAGACAUCGUCCAGGCACUGCGGUACCAGGCGAUCUUCGACCAACGGCCAAACGAUCUUCACUUCAUCGUGUUCUGCAUGGCCUUGGCCGAGUCGCUGGUCAGUCUGUACAAUCUCACCAAAGAGGAGCGGCUGAUGCUGAACGAAGACUUCAAGCGGGCCUCGAAUCGUUUCCAGCGACGAACCUUGCGAUCCAGCCGGAUCAGUCAAAGUUCGGCCAACAACUCGUGGAUCAAUUCGCCGAUGAAGGUCAACGCGAACGAUUCGUCCGAUACGAGCGCGGGGGCUUCGGAGUUUGAGGAGGUGCCGUCCCGCGAGAAACAGGACAUCUACGAGGCGAUUAAUGGUCUGGGUGUUCAAAUCGUGUACGGUCAGGAUAUUGCCAAGCGCAUCGUGCUCACCUACCGCAUCGCCAUGUACAUGGACAAGGAUUACAACGAAAUUCUGAAGAUCCGCGACCCGAUCGGGUUCCUCGCCGAAGUAAUCCAGGAGGACUGCAUUCACAAACUGGAGGUCAUCAGCGACAUAAUGACAUCGCACAAGCUGCGAGACGAGAUAGUGUCCGAGUUCCUGUCGAAGGAAAUCGCGACGGCCGUGGUCAGCUCCAAGUUCUACCUACUGCAGCAGGGAUCUCCGGUCAUCAGUAUGAAACCCGUUGAAGAACUUCUUUGGGGUUACAACAUUGAUCAAGAGUUUCACCUGUUCCUGGAGUUGGCGCCCAACACGACCAUGCUGGGAAAUUGCCUGCUCAAGUAUUGUGAUGCCAUCAAGCAGUAUAAGCAACUGGAGAAAUCUCCAGAACCUAGCAGAACGGAAUCUGAACAUUCAAAGUCAGGAAAAGUGGACAAGGCAGUCCUGGAAAAAUUGCGGUCUAUAUUCCGAGGACAAAUGUUAUCCCUCAAAAAACAAAACACCAUAAUCGUAGCGCUUCUGGUCAAAGCCCACGACUGCUUCGUGCACGAAUGUUCCGUUGAGGGCAUCGUUGAAGUUCUGCAACGCUGCAAAGCCCUGAACUCCGUGCUAACCGCUGCCAAAUCGUGGAAUUUGAUCGUAAAGCUUCUCGUCGGCAUAGGGCGCUAUCGGGAGAUGCACUAUUGCUUCGAAACGCUGAUCAAGAACGAUCAGUUCGAGUCUCUGCUGGGUCAGUUCGACGAGAAGCACACAAACGGGCUGAAAACGGCCAUCAUUUCGUACCUAAACGAACACUGCCCGGCACAGAAGGAGUUUUUCCGCCUGGCAGCACUGCACUUUCUCAUGUACAAAGAGAUAGCGGAAAUGUGGGAAACGGAAGCCAAAUCCGCGAUCGCCAAGGUUCUGUCCACGCAUGAAAAAUCCUCGGCGCCGGUCAGUGGAAGCCCUAGAGCGGGUAUUCCUCGUUUGGCGUGUACGCCGCUUGUGGUUUCGGAAUUGAACGGUGCCAUGGAGUCGUAUAUGCAUGCGGCCGAAAACUAUCUGCUGGACAAUAAGAUGAACCUGGCACAGAGAACUGCAUCGAACGCCGAACUGGUCGCGUUGCAAAUAUACUUGAUCAAUCAGGCUAUGGCGGACAAAACUGGACAAGGUGAACAGCAUCAGUUCUGCUACUCGGUGCUCAACAUCAAGGAUCCGGAGUCCUUCGUGUAUAAUGCUUUAAGCGUUCCGCAGGCACUAAUCGUUUCGAGGACGUACGAGUGCGAAAUCAACUGGACCACGGCCCUCUAUCAGCACUACAUCCUCAGCGGGGAGUUGGGCUACCUGGAGGACUUCCUGGACCGCAUGCCGCUGACGGAUGAAAUGGUCGAGGCACUGGUCAGAAAGUUCCAACAGGAACCGCACAUUACGCCGGAGAUGGAACGCGCCAUCGCCGGGCUGGUCGAUCUGGUCGAAUCGGUCACGCUCAAGUACCGACUGGCCUCGCUGCUGGGAUUGAAACGAACCAUCAACGAACUGAUCAAUCAGAACAGUUUCUACUAUCUGAAGGAUUGCGACUACGGCCGGAACGAACACGCUGUUGGGAGUAGUUGAAGAACUGUUAGAUUUCAAAUUGAUUUGUGUAUUUUCUUGUCGUUUUAUUGAUACGAGUAUUAUUAAAUAUUUUGUUUUAUAUUCAUGAA